UCUCCCUUCCUCCCCCAUCACUCGCCGCGUAGCCUCCCCUCCCACUCCCCCCCUGCUCCCUCCCCUCCACCACAAAUCUCUCUCGCGCGCGCCGCAGCCGCCGGCACGCACGCACGCGAUCGUCUCGCCGCGACCAUGAGCAUCACGGCGGCGGCGGUGGUAGCGGAGCCGCGCGCGUUCGCCAUCGGGGCCGCGCCGGCCGUGGAGAUGGGCCCGGAGCUGGCGCCGCCGGAGCCGAGCCGCGGCCUUGGGCAGGACGGCGGCGUGGCGGUGGCGGCGGCGGAGGGGCGGGCGUCGCGGUUCCGGCGGAUCUGCGUCUACUGCGGCAGCGCCAAGGGGCGCAAGGCCAGCUACCAGGACGCCGCCCUCGACCUCGGCAAGGAGAUGGUGGAGAGGGGCAUAGACCUGGUGUACGGGGGCGGCUCCAUCGGCCUGAUGGGCCUCGUCUCCCACGCCGUCCACGCCGGCGGCCGCCAUGUCAUCGGGAUCAUCCCAAGAUCACUCAUGCCCAGAGAGGUAACUGGGGAUCCUGUGGGUGAAGUUAGAGCCGUGUCUGGCAUGCACGAGAGGAAGGCCGAGAUGGCUCGGUUUGCUGAUGCUUUUAUUGCCUUGCCAGGCGGCUACGGAACCUUGGAGGAGUUGCUUGAAGUGAUCACGUGGGCACAACUAGGAAUACAUAAGAAGCCGGUCGGUCUGCUGAACGUCGACGGAUUCUACGACCCACUGCUGUCGUUCAUCGACGUUGCCGUCAACGAAGGCUUCAUCACCCAGGAGGCGAGGCAGAUCAUCAUCUCGGCCCCGACAGCCAAGGAGCUAGUCAAGAAGCUGGAGGAGUACGUCCCCGAGUACGAGGUCGGCCUGGUCUGGGAUGACCAGAACCAGAUGCCAAGCAACAGCCUGGUCCCGGAGCCGCUGGAGACACCUGCGAUCACCUCGUCCUGAUCGAUGUGCCUCGCCUACAUCUCAGUUAGGGUUCUAACAACAGUGUCGAGAUAGCGGCGCCACAUAUAUUUAUUCUCUCCUAGAUGAUAAGUCCUAGCCGACUGAAGGGCGACGAGGGGGCACAUGAUAGCCAGUGUGCUUGUUUUGGUAGCGUCGAUCGACCGAUCUCUUGUGUCACCGCUGAUGAUUGUUUUGGGUGGCAUGAUUAUAUUAAGUUAACUAGUGAGUACUAGAUUCCAACUUGCAUGGAUUGUUGAAUGGUUCAUGGUUGGAUGGGCAUAGCAUGCAUGCAGCUAAGCCUCUGAAUUGAUCCUGCUGUGAUCCUGAACAAGGGUUGACUACAUAUAAAUAGCAGCACAUAUAGUUUAUCGACAA